AUGGCAUCUAACUCUAAUUCUAAAGACAGCGAAUUGAAAAAAGAGUUCGGUGAUGUUGAAUGGGAGAUGGCAGUGUUUAUAGAUCCAAAAAAUUCUAACUCUGUUAAAUGUAUUUUGUGUGGUAAAGUUACAAAGGGUGGAAUAUAUAGGCACAAAAUUCAUAUUUCGGGAAUCAAAGGAAAAGGUGUGAAAUCAUGUAGGAGGGCAACCGAAGAACAAAAAGAAAAAUGUCGUUCGACACUUGAGGACAACAAGUCUAAGAAGCUAAAGAAGGUAUUGAAUCAAUCUAAGAUAAUGAAUGAUGUGGUUAUGACUUUGAAUUCUCGUGAGGAGGAAUAUGAUGAAAUAGCUAUCAUUGAGAAAGAAAGCAGGAAAAGAUCCAUCAAUGUAGGACCCAUUGACCAAUUUGCAAAGUCAAUUAAAGUAGAUGAUGUUUCUAUGAGUGCAAGUAAGAAAAUGAAGCAACAAAAUAUUAAUGAUGCAAUUGCUAAGAAAAGAAUACUUGAAGUCCAUCAAUAUUUGGCAAGAUGGGUGUAUGAAGCUAGAUUUCCUUUCCAUACAAUUGAGCAUGAUAGUUUUAAAAGAUUUGUUGAGGCUUUAGGACAAUAUGGUCCAGGUUAUAUCCCUCCUUCUCAAUACCAACUACGAGAGCCACUUUUAAAAGGAGAGGAAGCUUUAAAUGAUGCUCACACUUCUCAAUACAUAUUUGAUUAUAUUAAUGCAUGUAUUAUUGAGGUUGGGCCUCAAAACGUGGUUCAAAUUGUGACUGACAAUGCUUCAAAUAAUAUGGCAGCUGCAAAACUAUUAGCAUUAGAAAGACCCAAUAUAUUUUGGACAUCAUGCGCCACUCACACAAUAAAUCUUAUGCUUGAAGGAAUUUCUAAACUUCCUAUGUUUAAUGGAGUGAUCAAAAAGGCAAAGUCUUUCACUAUUUUCAUUUAUGCACACCACAAGACUUUGGCAUUGAUGAGAAAGUUUACAAAAAGGAAGAUAGUUAGGCCAGGAGUCACUAGAUUUGCAAGCUCUUUCCUAACAUUACAAAGUUUGCUAGACAAGAAGCAAGAGUUGAGAAAUAUGAUGACUAGCAAUGAAUGGGAUAGCACUAAAUGGUCUAGGAGUAAAAAGGGGAAAGAGGCUUUUGAUGUUGUUGUUCCAAAUGAUUUUUGGAACUCGAUGGAUUUGUGCUUGCGGAUAUUCACUCCAUUGGUAAAAGUUCUUAGGCUUGUUGAUGGAGAGGAGAAACCAUCCAUGGGUUUUGUGUAUGGAGAGAUAUUGAAUGCAAAAGAGGAAAUUAGAAAAACAUUCAAGGAAGAGAAUGAUUAUUUGCCGAUUUUAAACAUUAUUGAUUCCAAAAGCAAGGGUCAUCUUGAUGGUCCGCUUCAUACCACAGCUUAUCUUUUGAAUCCAUAUUACUUCUUCAAGAAUCAAAGUAUAAAAGAUGAUCCUUUGAUAACGGACAAUAUGAUUGUUUGUGUCAAAAAGUUCUUUCCUGAAGCUCAAAUGCAACAUCAUAUGAUAAAUAUUGAAUUGCCAAAGUACACUAAAAAAGAAGGCACUUUUGGGAAGAAACUAGCAACAAGUGGAUGUCAUAUUAAUGAUCAAAAUUACAAUCCAAUUGAGGGUUGUGAUGAUGAAGUUGAGAUGGAGAUUGUCACUUUACAGCCAACAAGAGAUAUUAAUGCUAAUAUUAUAGGGGAGCCCGAUGAAAACGAGUUUGUAUCGGAUAAUACGGAAGAUGAGAUGAAUGAAGAUGAGGAGAUCGAAUUAGAAUCAGACAAGGAAUUAGAUAAUAUCUAG